AUUCUUCGCCCAAGCUUCUUGCUUUCUAGAUGACGAGAUGAGAGGUAUAAUUAUUCAGUCACGCGCAUCCAAUCAAAAGGCGCAAACUUUUUUUCAACAUCUCUGCAAAAGGUCUCUCCUUGACUUGAGAGUUCGGCUUAUUGUUUCGUCUUCUUUAAUGAUUUAAUGGCUGGUUAACAGUGAGCUAAAGAAUCCGCUCUCCGACUUGCUUUCUAGCUCUAUUGGGAUUCUUAAAGCUUUUCAGAGUGAAAGGUCCAACUGUGCUCUUUCAUGGAAUCCUGCAAACCCCUUUCCCAAACACUUAGUUCUCUCACCGCCAUGGAUGCAACUAACCCGCUCAGAAAUAAGCCCCUCUUCACCACCUCUGAAAAACCUAGUUCCAUUCCUGAACCUAUUACUGAAGGAUUCAUCGGCUCUCUCGAAAUCCUGGUUCACCAAGCAAGAGACAUCCACAACAUCUGCAUCUACCAAAACCAGGACGUUUAUGCCAAACUCUGUCUCACCAGUGACCCAGAGGCCUCCAUCUCAACCAAGACCAUCAAUGGAGGUGGGAGAUACCCAAUCUUCAACGAGAGUCUGAAGCUCGGCGUUCGAACCAUCGAUAGCUCUCUCAAAUGUGAGAUUUGGAUGCUCAGCAGGGUUAAGAAUUACCUUGAAGACCAGCUCCUUGGCUUUGCUCUUGUCCCCCUUUCCCAAAUUGUUCUCAACAAUGGCAAACUUGAAAUGGAAUUCUCACUCUCCUCCACAGAUCUCUUCCAUUCUCCAGCCGGCUUCGUGUCGCUGACGAUUUCUUACACCGGCUCAACUCCUGAACUCAUGGCCAUUGCAUCAAAUGCUGAAGAAGCCGCACCGGGGGAUGCAGCGAACGAUAACUCUAUCUCUUCUGAAUAUGAAAAAAUGGAGUUCCCUGACUUAGCUGUUGUUUCUGAAAACAAGAUGAUGAUUUCAGAGUACUUUGGGAUUCCAUGCACCAAUUCAGAGCCUCAGAAUGGAGAAUGCCAUGUUGAUUGCUCUGAUAAUGAUGCUGAAGAUCGAAAUGUCGAUUUUUUCUCGACCGAAAACAGUCAUAUCACCAUUGGAGAUGAGAACAACAGCUCUCCUAUAUGCAGUGGUUCAGCUGAUGUGCCUGCUGCUGCUUUAGAUCCAUCUGCAAUUACUGAUCCUCCAAUUCAGAAAAGUAAUAACGCUGAAGUUACAGAUAGUGAUACCAGUUCAUCUGCUGAAGCGCCAGACAAGGCAUUUGUUCUUCCUCUUAUCAACAUAAAUCUUGAGCCCGAGCAGCCGGUCGUGCAGCAGGAGAUAGUUGACAUGUACAUGAAGAGCAUGCAGCAGUUUACAGAAGCUUUAGCAAAGAUGAAGCUUCCUAUGGACUUGGAGAAGAGCCGUAAUGGCAGCAGUGAUGGUGAUGGUGAUGAUGCUAACUCUGACAAGAAGAUGCAGGCUUCGGAAAAGACGAGUACUCCUCGAGUUUUCUAUGGAAGCAGAGCUUUCUUCUGAAACUCGAUCAAAUUCGCGAUCUUGAUAAGGUAGUAAUUGAACUUGUUAAGUGACUUUAUGUUUUUUUUUUUAUUAUGUUGAAUGGAUUAUGAUAUGGUAGGCUGAGUAUUAGCUCUUUAUGUUGCUAUAAUGUAUCUGUCGUUUCAUGCACUGUUUACUUUAAAACAUGGUAUGAAUGCAAUAUGAAAUAACUUCUUUAACUUAA